UUGGUGGGAGCAAUAUGUCUUCCGAUAAAGGGCGAGGAAGUUGGGCUUCCAAAACGGAGUUUAUUCUGUCCUGUUUGGGCUAUGCUAUUGGGAUAGGCAAUGUGUGGAGGUUUCCGUAUCUGUGCUAUCGCAAUGGUGGGGGAGCUUUUCUGGUGCCCUAUCUGUUGAUGCUGGUUCUGUGCGGGAUUCCUUUGUUUUUUCUGGAAGUGUGUUUGGGUCAGUUUUCCGGAACGGGAUGUGUCACUGUGUUUAAAAUUGCUCCGCUUCUGAAAGGAGCAGGGCUGGCGAUCGUGGUGAUAAAUUACAUCUGCACCUCAUACUACAAUGUGAUAAUCGCCUAUCCCCUACUGUUUCUGUGGAAAUCGGCACGAUCUCAACUGCCGUGGGAAAAUUGUCAAAACGAUUGGAACACACCUAAAUGCAUGGAGCUGAACGCGGGCGCUCAUACGCAACUGUUGAUGAACAACAGCUUGCUUGGUCCAUCGGAACGCUGGCGGACGCCAGCGGAUGAGUUCUUCCACAAAGAAAUCCUUCAGAUAUCGGACGGUAUCGAUACUCCCGGAGGGAUCGUGUGGCCCCUCUUCGUGGCCAAUGUGGUAGCUUGGGUUGUGAUCUACACAUGCAUAAUCAACGGGGUGGAAUCCGUUGGCAAAGUGGUGUAUUUUACCGCUACAUUCCCGUUUGUAAUACUCGCCGUUUUGUUCGUUCGAGGUGUCACUUUGCCGGGAGCGGCGGACGGUAUCCAGUUCUACAUCAUGCCCAAGUGGGACCAGUUGAGUAAUAUGAAGGUUUGGGCGGAUGCGGCGGUGCAAAUCUUUUUCUCACUGGGGCCCGGAUGGGGUGGUAUCAUCAACAUGGCAAGCUACAAUCAGUUCAAAAAUAAUACCAAACUCGAUGCCAUAUUGAUUCCGAUUGUGAACUGCGGAACGAGCAUAUUCGCGGGAUUUGUUGUGUUUUCCGUACUGGGGUAUAUGUCUCAUCAAACUGGAUUACCCGUAUCGGCGGUGGCCGCUGGUGGCCCUGGGCUAGCUUUUGUGACGUAUCCGGAGGCAAUUGGAAUGCUCCCCCUGCCGCAGUUGUGGGCUUGUUUGUUCUUUCUGAUGCUGUUCCUGCUAGGAGUUGAUACUAUGUUCGUUCAAACUGAGGCCAUUAUCUCAUCAGUGUUGGAUGUGUAUCCCUGGCUCAGAGCAAGCAAGCGUUGGAUCACUUUAGGAUCGUGUUUCAGUAUGUUUCUGUUGUCCAUUUCCUGCACUACUCGGGGCGGUUUGUACCUGCUGCAACUGUUCGAUUGGUACUCGGCUUCGAUCUCGGUAAUACUGGUGUGCAUUGUAGAAGUUGUGAUCGUCGGAUGGAUAUAUGGCGUCGGAAAUUUCGCCCGUGACAUUGGGUUCAUGAUUGAUCGACCUGUCGAAAGGUAUUGGAUCGUUUCGUGGAAGUAUACUACACCUAUUAUUUUAACGUUCAUAUUUUUCACAACCAUCAUCUACAACACGGAGGUAAGGUAUGAUGGGGUAGCAUACCCAGGAUGGGCAAUUGCGUUAGGCUGGACAAGCUGUCUUAUUUCUAUGAUUUGCAUUCCGGGAUAUGCAGCGUAUAAAUUGAUUACAUCGAAAGGUUCGAUUUUAGAGCGAAUAAAAGCGAAUCUAAAGCCAGUUGACUGGGGGCCAUCGGACGACUUGCAGAGGACACUCUGGAAGAGUCACGUGGAAAUGAAUUAUGAAAUGUGAAAACGAACAAUUACUCCCAACAUUCAGCAAGUAUUAGUUUUGCUAAACACAAACGGCAAUUAAAAUAACAAUAUGAUUUCCUUAAAUUUCAAUGUUUAUUUUGAAUCUUCCAUGUUAUGACGUCUGACGAAAUGGUUUCAAAAUGUCUCCCGUUAGUUGGAACCUGGCGCUGGUUCCAGAUUGAGCUGUAUCUGGGAAAUUUCGUGUCCUGGGAGGGGUGCUUCGUGCAGGGCACCUCGGUUGGCGGCCAAAAAGCGGGCUUCUUUCUGCAGCAAAAAAGUUGGUACGCUGUCGUACGCAUAAUAGAACGGGUGGGUGUAAGUCUGGAUUGGGGAAGAAUAUCCGAUGACUGACAGCUCUUUAAUUUUGAUUGGAUCGGCUUGAGUUCUCUGAACGAUUGUGGAGUGAUCGGUAUAAACCAAAGGCGUAUUGUAUAUCAGCGAAAUAUAUCCUGCCUCGGCAGCAAGGGCGAAAGCCAUCAUGACUACAGCUGCGAUGAACUGUUGGCAGCAAGAAAGAUUACUAGUUGUGACAGUAAAUUAUCUUUGUGGAACUCACCUUCAUGAUUGCACAGAGCUUGGAUGUGUAUUGUUGAAUAACAGAACAAUUCUGCUCCAACCCAGGACACACUUGGAGUAUAUAUACAAUCAGAAAUAGUUACUUACUAAAGGGUACAACAUGCAUCUCCAAUGUCAGCGACAUUUAGCGAAGCAGCAUCCUGAGUAAAACUUCCUCUUGCAUCGAUGCGUAAAGAAAUCCGGUCUGAAACAAGGAGCGAACGCGAUUGCUACGGUAUGAUCUUCUUCUUCUUCUUCUUUUUGGCUUUAAGAGGGUUUAAACUUUUCAGUUCAUUCGCCUCUAGCCGGUAUGAUCUAGUUUUAUUUUUCCAUUUUUUCUCCACAGCGUCGAAGCUCGAUGUCGAUCGAAAUUAGGAGCUUGACUCAAUAACAAGAAUCCCACGCUUCCGUAUUCUGUAGUGCAUCCCGUUUCAGAGUCCAGAAUAAGAGCGUAAAUCGAUCAUUGAACCGGUCCAGCUGGUAUUAUUACGGAUCUGUGCACUUACACCGCAAAUUCUCGACCCGACAUUCGAGCUUCUGGGAAAGCCGGUUCUGGGACUGAACACAUAGGCAUGAUUGUCAUGUGAAAAUGGAUUGCAUCCUUCGUAUGCACCGAGAAGCGAUAUAUCACUAGCGAAUGAUCUCGAUUUCGCAGUAAUUCUUUUUGGUCUAGCCGCGAGCGGUUAAGAAGUGGCAUCCGUGUUGCACCGUGGGUUUGUGAGGGAAUUAAGUCGCAAAAAAUACCGAUUUUUAUUUACGCUAUUAUUUAGAAUAUUUAAUUUGUUUCAAAAAAUCAAAAGCAAACAAAACGUAGGCCACAAUGAACUUUUCUGGUGGCGGCGUACCAAAUUCGAUCGUCAACCCCACCGUGAUGUGGGCGUAAGAAUU